AUGGUUUGGGGGACGGUUGAAAGCGUCAUCACCAAAGCUCUCCACUACAGUACUCCUCUGAGUUACGCCUGGUUGUUUCUUCUCUUCACUUUCAGGUCCUUCAUCGUUGCCGUCGUUGGUGGAUCUGUCUACGGAGAUGAAAGCGGCAAUUUCAAAUGCGAUACAAAUCAGCCCGGUUGUCAAAACGUUUGCUUCAACCGAUUUUCCCCAAUCUCGCACAUGCGCUUCUGGGCCUUUCAGUUGCUCUUCGUUUGCCUGCCGACAAUCAUCUUCAUGGGUUUCGCUCAAUUCGAGCUGGCAAAAGUCAACAUGAUCAAAAAACAAAAAGAAGAAGAACAAGUGAAGCAAACAUCUAACAGCGAAUAUUACAACAGCGCAUCAUACUGGUCAAACAAAAAGAAGCUGGAUAAAAAGAGCGCGCGAUAUGGCGUCGAUAAGCUGAAGAAAAAAACCACGGUCGCGAAAGAAGGAGUCGUUGAUGUCGCUUGGACGCCACGAAUCCGCACGAUCUUCAUUGUGCACUUGAUCGCGCGGUUCGGCAUGGAAUGUCUCUUCAUCUACCUUUCCUAUCUUCUCCAGCAGCAGCAGAGCAAGAAAACAGGCCUCUCCGCCAUGUGGGUUCCCGAAAAGUACGAAUGUACUCAUGGAGAAUUCGAGACAAACUCUGCUUGCUCUCAGAAUACACUCAUCCCCUGCUGGGUCAGCCGCCCCUGGGAGAAGACAAUUUUCAUGCUUUACAUGACCAUCAUUUCCGUCAUUUCCGCCAUCAUCUGUGUCGUGGAAUUCAUCUACGUCCUGACUAGAACUACGCGAAAAUCCCUUCAACGCCGAGCUCACCGAAACGUCGAAAAGAAACAGCUUAUGCAAGGCAAUGGCAAAACUGGAAAUGGCUCGAUUGUCUCUGAAUCGACUAACGGACCAGCUGGCUACCCGAAAUUGCCAAAAGAUGAGAAGGAGCUCGAAGCGAUGGAAGGCGCGAUUUCAGAAGAAUGCGAGCUGGAAGCUGAGGAUCCUCCAAGCUACAAGACUGACGAAGAACGAGAGGCGCUCACUGCCUAA